AUGGGGUCUGGCAACAACCUAGAAUACAAUCUAGCCGCCAACAUGAGUGUUGAAAAUCCUAACAAAUAUUCUGACUACAGAUACGAAAAAUUUGUAGCUGUUCCCUCCUACGGUGACGAGGAUUUAAAUGAAGUUUCUUUGAGCUCAUUCGAAGUAGCGAAGAAGAACACAUCUGCAUUGACACCUCUAGUGUUCAAAGGGCAGAAAUCGGUGUCUCUUAAGGGCGAUGCAGCAUCCAACCUUAAGAGUGGUUCGGUUUUCGAAAUCAUUUUGAAGAUCAAGGUUAAGGUUAUGAGCAGAGCCGGUAAGGUUGAAAUUUACAACGAGUACAAGGAAGAAUGCAAAUUGAAGGUUCCUUUGUUGGAUUCCAAGGGAAAAGCUUCUGAAAAAUUUGAGAGUACAGAUUGCAAAAAGGUUCGGUUUAGCUUACAGAAAGCAUAUGAAUGGAUGGCCGUGAUAUGA